AACCCAUUCUUUGCAGGUAACACACCCGCUAAUCCCAAACCUAAAAUAUCCCUUUAUGAAGAAGCAAACCACUUACAAGUGAGUUUAGUGGCUUAUUUCAAAGAGCUUCUUUCUUUCUUUCUUUCUUUCUACUCUAGGCUAAGUAUUCAGUUCUCUCAUUGCUAAUCAGCAUUAGUACUGAAAAAUCCAGGUUUCGGCAUGCGGUGGAAACCAAUGCCGGCAAAAUCCAAAUCGUAACAGAAGUUUUGGGUUGUAUAUUCUUGUGAAUCUUCUGCUAUAGUUUUAAUUUUAGUCAAAUGCAAAUGGAUCUGUACGAGGAGGGUUUUUGUGGGUAUUUUUCUUCCUGAGAAAAAAAAGUAUUUUUUGUAGGUUUGAUUCCAUUUCUUGAGGAAUUUCAGCAAGUAGGUUUUUGUUUUUGUUUUGUUUUUUUGUUUUAUAAAGAAGCAAGGAUGAUUCAGCUUUUGUUCUUGGUUCUGUUUGCGGAGGCUGUCCUGGCUUUUCUUUUGUUGGUGAAGAUUGGGCCAUUGAGAGAUCUUGUAAUCAAGAGUCUUGAUCAGCUGAAGAUGGGGAAGGGUCCUGCUACUGUGAAAACUAUUGCUGGUACUAUGUCUGUAAUCCUCCUCUCAAGCGUCAUGAGCAUUUUUAAGAUCCAGAACAAGGGUGCUAAGCUUGGCACUAUGUCUCCUAUGGAUCAAGUUCUGUGGAGGACGCACUUGCUCGAGGCUUCACUCAUGGUAUCUUUGGCUUGGGGCUCAGGACAAGGGUGCAGUUGUGGUGGGCGUGACCUGCUCUUCUGUUUUAAUUGUUUUACAUUAUUCCUUGGAUUCAUAAUCGAUAGGAUGCACCAUUAUCUUCGGAAGCUAAUUAAUUUGAGGGGCAAUGUGGGAUCUUCUAAAGAAGAGCUAGAAAGGCUUCGGAAAGAACAGGUUCAAUUUGAAGAUAAGGAAGAGAAAGCUUCCAAGGAGCUAAAGAAGCUGAAGGAAGAAAUUUCAAGCCUUUCAGAAAGUUUGAAAAAGGCAAAGUUAGAAUGUGAAGAGAAGGAUAAGAGAGUUGAGACUGCUGAAGUUCAUGUUGCUUCCCUCCAAAAACAAGCUGCCGAUCUGCUACUUGAAUAUGACCGACUGUUGGAAGACAACCAAAAUCUUCAGGCUCAAGUACUGGGCAAAGCAUAAAGAGUUGAGGAAAUGCCAAGUUAGCAAACUGAAGUCUGGGAAGUAGGUGUCAUUCAUGACCAUCACUACUAGUUUUGUUGCAGAAGCUUCCUUGUUUUGCACAGAAGUGAUUAAUUUUCACUCCUUACUGAACUGGCAACAGUGGCUUACAUAGUUGUAUGUCCAAGAUUAUAAAUUUUGUAGUUCUUCUUCCUGGGAUCUCUUUUUCCCCUUGACUCUGUAGUUUUGUUUGCCUUUUGGGCCAAGAAAGAAAAUUUUUCACUUGAGA